UAUUAUUCAGAAGAGAUGUUUGAAGAUUACGAAAAACCCAAAGAAAAAGAUCCUCCUAAACCAGAGGACCCACCCCCAGACGAUCCACCCCCAGAGGCCUCCACUAACUCAACAGUGCCUGAGGCUAAUGCCACUCAAUCAAUUCCCGGAGGGAGUCAAGGUGGAAAUGACACUAGCCCAGUAGGAAACAGGGGCCCUGGACCGAAUACUGGGAACAACCCUACAGUUCAAACUGGUGUCUUUCCUCUCCCCAAAGUUAAUGUUUCAGGACAGGGAGUAACGAGAAACCAAAUUCCGUGGAGACCAAGUCAGCCAAAUAUUUAUGAGAAUUUUCCUUAUCCGAAUAUGGGAACUUAUCCUUCAGGAAGACAAUGGCAAACCACUGGUACCCAGGGGCCCAGACACAAUGGACCUGUUCACCGAAAUCCACAAAUCCAAAGGGGUCCCCAAUGGAAUUCCUUUCCUUGGGAAGGCAAAGACACUAUUCAUCCAGGAAAUCCAACUUAUCGCAAACCUCCCCCUCCUACUCCAAAAGUAAAUUAUCCCAAUUAUGCAGGAAAUCCAGUCAAUUUUGGAAGAAAAUUACCAGGGCCAAAUAAACCCUUUGGGGGACCCAAUCCAGCCUCAAAUAAACCCUUUGCGGGGCCCAAUCCAGCCUCAAACAAACCCUUUGCGGGACCCAAUCCAGCCUCAAACAAACCCUUUGCGGGACCCAAUCCAGCCUCAAACAAACCCUUUGCGGGACCCAAUCCAGCCUCAAACAAACCCUUUGCGGGACCCAAUCCAGCCUCAAACAAACCCUUUGCGGGACCCAAUCCAGCCUCAAACAAACCCUUUGCGGGACCCAAUCCAGCCUCAAAUAAACCCUUUGCGGGACCCAAUCCAGCCUCAAACAAACCCUUUGCAGGAAUGAAUCCAGCCUCAAAUAAACCCUUUGCGGGACCCAAUGCAGCCUCAAAUAAACCCUUUGCGGGACCCAAUGCAGCCUCAAAUAAACCAUCUAUGGGAACCAAUCUGGCCGCAAAUAAGCCAUCUACAGGAACCAAUCCAGCCGCAAAUAAGCCAUUUGUGAGAAACAAUGCAGCCUUAAAUAAACCAUUUGUGGGGGGCAAUGCUGCCUCAAAUAAACCAUUUAUGAGAAAUAACGCAGGCUCAAAUAAACCAUUUGUGGGAACCAACGUGGCAUCAGUGGGUCCUAAACAGGUUACUGUUAGCCACAACGGGAAAACCCAAAAUCCAAAGGAAAAAUCACUAGGUCAAAAAGAAAGAACAGUCAGCCCUACAAAAGACACAGGCGGGCCCUGGAGAAGCUCUCAACAAUAUGGAAUGAACAAACCAAGCUAUAAUUUGCCUCGCCUUGAGGGUAGCAUGGGAGGCCCAAAUUUUAAUUUGUUUGAUCAACAAGAAAACUCCUACUUUCCAAGAGAUUCCAGAAAAGCACCAAGUCCCAAUAUACAAGUUCAAAGCCAGAAUUUGCCCAAAGGAAUUGCUUUAGAGCCAAGAAGAACCCAAUUUGAAUCAGAAAGUAAAAAACCUGAAUUAAAGCAUAACACGCACCAGCCUGGAUACCCUAAGAAAACACCUUCUCCUACAAGACAACAUUUCCCUGCUCAAAGAAAGACCUGGAAUCGGCGAGUAACCCCUCCACCGUCAAAGAAAGGUUAUGGGAGACAGGAAGGAAAGUUACUUCCUCCUUCCUAUGGCUCUAGAGGAAACAUUUAUUACCAUGACUACAGCAAUCCUUACCCUAAUGAAAAUGCACCAUACAUUAGAAGCAAUGCUUGGAACAAGAGGGUGGUCUCUCCGAGUCCUAUGGGGCAAGCAGGAAAUCCACGGUACCCCAUGAAUUCUCUAGACCAGAAGGAGACGGAGCAGUACAACGAAGAGGACCCAGUUGACCCAAAUGAAGAUGAAUCUUUUCCAGGACAGAGUAGAUGGGGUGAUGAAGAGAUGAACUUCAAAGGAAACCCAACAGUUAGGCAGUACGACGGUGAGCAAUAUGCCCCCACCCUACCGAAGGAGUACCUUCCCUAUUCCUUAAGUAACCCACCAAAACCCAAAGAAGAGUUUCCUUAUGGUGAAUUCUAUCCCUGGAACCCACAUGAAACCUUUCCAGUGUAUAAUCCAGGCCCUACUAUAGCACCACCUGUGGACCCCAGAAGUUAUUAUGUUAGUAACGCCCUAGGACCAGAAGAAAGCACUCUGUUUCCUUCAUGGACCUCCUGGGACCACAGGAAUCAAGCACAGAGAGAGAAAGAAAGUGACCCAUAUUUCAACCGAAAUGUCUGGGAUCAGUCAAUGAAUCUACACAAAUCUAGUAUACCAAACCAUCCUUAUUCCACUAACUCGCCUGCUGGGUUUCCAAAAGAUCCAACAUGGCUUGAAGGUGAGAAUUUGAACUAUGAUUUGCAAAUUACUGGCUUAAGUCCACCAGAGAGAGAACAGUUGGCUUUCCCAGACCUCAUUCCUCAAAAUUACCCAUCAGGCCAAAAUGAAGCACACUUAUUUCACCAAAGUCAGAGAGGCUCCUGCUGUAUUGGUGGCUCCACAGGACAUAAAGACAAUGUGCUGGCUCUCCAAGAGUACUCUUCACCCAAUGGUCUCGCACCAACAAAGAACCAAGGGCCCAGUCCUGUGUAUACAGAAAGCAGCUACACCAAGUAUGCAAGACCUAACAUCUCCCCAACGAUCAUCCUACCUAGUCAAAGAAACAUCUCAGAGAACAAACUAACUGCAGAAAGCCCAGACCCAAGUCCUUUUGGAGAUGCUGUGCCUACUCUGAGGAGAAACACACCGCAUCCUACAAAAAAUCAGCUGGAGACUGGAAUUGUGGCCUUUCCUGAAGCCAGCUCUUCUCCACCAAAAAAUGCACCCUGCCUUAAAAGUGACCUGGGAGGAGAUCGGAGGGAUAUCCUGAAACAAUUUUUUGAAGGCAGCAAACUCAGCGAAAGAACUGCUGACCUGACUCCUGAAAGGCUUGUUAUUGGUAUCCCUGAUAAAGGCUCUGGCCCAGACAGCAUCCAAAGUGAAGGCCAAAGAAAUGAGGGCGAGAUGCAGCAGCAAAGACCACCUACCAUCCUGAAGCUACCGUGCUUUGGCUCCGAAAUAGCAAAAUUUCACUCUUCUAGCACUGGACCUCCAACUGAGAAUGGAAGACAAAGCCUACUUAACGGCAUGCCCGCUACACCUACUGAAAAUCCUAACACGUUGGUUGGGUUAGCAACUAGGGAACAGUUUAAAAGCAUAGAUGGCAACCAACUUAAUGCAGAUGAACACACUACAUUUGAAUCUUUUCCAGAAGGCAGUCCACAGGACCAAGUGCAAGGCUGCUUACUGCUCCGGGCUUAG